CGGUGCUGGACAGUACCAGAUGAGCCAUUUGUGGCUAGUAACAUGCGUUAAUAGCAUCGCGAAACAGAAACUUGUCGACAAAGGCGAGCUGCUGGUGAAGGGCCUCAAGUGCCUUGUCAUAGACCCAGAAUGCAAAAAUAUCAAGAUGAAGCUUCUUUGGCUUCCCCCACACCUGGAACAGAGACGGAUUGUUGAAGCGCUAGAACCUUAUGGAACAGUGCAGUCUAUCACGAGAGAAAUGUGGCGGUGUGACGGCAUGGAGGGCUGGCAAAUGACUAAUCGCGACGUGGCGUUUACACUGAAGGACGGAGUCUCUGCAAGUAAUCUGCCUCACCUAUUGAGCAUAUACGGGCACCAGUGCCUCAUCUUGGUUCCUGGCCGACCACCACUUUGCCUACGGUGCAACAGAGUCGGGCAUAUCCGGCGACAAUGUAGGACACCACGCUGCAGCAACUGUCACCGCUACGGUCACAUUGCAGAUGCAUGCAUCGGAACCUACGCUGACAAGCUUCGUGGAAACAGACCAGCUGAGGAUGAGACCAUCACCGAUCAUCUAAUGGAUGUGAGCGAGGUUGUGGAUGCGACCGGUGAAACACCCGCUGAAGCUCAUCGACAGGAAGAGACAAAGCCUUCAUCGGCUGACGAUAGCCUUAGCCCGAAGCCUGCCGCUGUGGAGGAUACUAAGUUGCCUGACGACGAACCAACUAUGUCAUGGGCAGAAUUGCCACCAGUUCAAGACCGCCCGCCAUCAGUGGAAUCUGGAUUGAUGUGUGAGGCUACUAAGAAGCGUCCAGCGCCAGCUGACAACCCAUCGUCCGUGGGAAAGGAGGCCCGGGUUCCCAAAGUGUCGAAGUUGACAAAACCACUCCGAGGAACGCCUGCACCCACAGAUGUCUCUUGUGUUGAAGUGCAGCAAAAGGUCGCCAGCGCAUCCCCUCCUCAAGACGGGAGUGAUGCUCCCCUAGAGCAGCGUGUGAACGCUGCACCAACAUAGGUAAUCAUGGCGGGCGCUCUUCCCUUCCACUUUGGUACUUUAAAUGUCCGUGGCUUACGCAGUAAGCGACGGCAAGUUCAACUCCUUCGUUUGCUACGCAAUACGAAAUUAGAUAUUGCUGCUAUCCAAGAAACAAAGAUUGAAUCCGAUGAAAACACAGAAGUAGCUCUAACUCCAUUUCUAUCUGACUAUAAUGUUUGUGUAAGCCAUGCAAUAGGAGUUUCCGCUGGUUGUAUGUUAUUCGUUAGAAGACAUUUACAAUGUGAUGUGCUGCAUUUGUUUACAGAUAGGGAAGGGCGCCUAAUAUGGUGUGAUAUUGAUAUCAGUGGUAUUAGCUUUAGAUUUGUGUGUGUUUAUGCCCCGAACAAGCUACGUGAACGAGAGUGUUUCUUUUUAUCUCUAGAACAUCAUUUGUCUACUGAUCGUGCAUUGGUCCUUUUUGGGGACUUCAAUUGUGUAUGUAAUGCGCAAGAUCGUGCGUCAUUGAGGCUGAGACGUGAUCCA